AUGGAAGCUUUGGUUUAUGAGAAUUCGCCGUUGGCCGAAUAUCUUCGAGGGGAGGGCGAACAUAACCCGGACUGGACAGUGAAAGAGAACGACUUAUCGGACUCGACCGCCGCCGACUUCGCACCGCGAGGAGCCUCGAAAUUCCAAACUCGUAUACGGAACAAGCUACCAAAACCACUGAACCUCAAGGCCUCACGUCAGACAGCUGCUCUGGGUCGGAUCUAUGAUGUCUGCGCAUCCGCCCUGAACUCACGCAUCGGACGGAGCGACAACGAGAGAUUCUUGGAACAGUUCGGCUAUGUUAUCGUUGCAUCGCAACUUCUGAACGAACACAGCGCCCCCUCAUACACUUCGGCCGCCGAUGUACUUUCUACCGCGAAUGCAACGGACCUCCCCUCUAUCACUACAACUGUUGGCCUUCAGGGCGUAUUUGUAACAGCUUCGACUUCUUUCUCAAUUGCCUGGCUAUUAAGCUGGAGUCGACCUCGAACCGGGGCGGGUUUCAGUACUCGGAAAGUCGGCGUCUUGUUGGUGAUACUCCCGGUCAUUGGAGUCUUAUUCUACGCUUUUGCGAGACGCCAGUGGCUCAAAUAUCUGCGACACCAAGCCGUCGAUGCGGCUGUGCUCCUGAUUGGCAAUGCGCAGGGAUUCGACUCUGCAGCUUCAGCGUCAGUGGUGUUCAUACAAGAGGUGGAACUGGUCUCGAGAGGCUACCGCAUAAGCACCCCGCUACCUCCGGUGACCAGACUCGAGGAUCAAAGCCAGAUCCGAAGAUGCUUGAGACUCCGUCGCGCCGUAUCCGAGUGCUUUUACUCUAUGUUAGAGCACUACCUUCAAACCCAACAAAUCCUACAACCACUAACAGACAACGCCAACCUUGAAAAAUAUUACGACAUCUACGACGUUUCGCAAGCAGAUCUUUUGGAAGCCGAGACGACAUUUGCCGAUAGAGAAGCCGAAGACCAAUAUUCCUUACGCGGCCUCCGCACCCUUUUUGGAAGGCUUUAUCUUGUUAGAAAGAGUAUUCUUUGCUGUCUUUUGGCUCUUGGAGCCGAUGGCGACGGUUCCGAUAUCACCAGAUGGAGUACCGCGGUUGAACAGAUGCGGAACCUGGCCAAGGUUACAGGCGACAACAUGCAGAAAGUCACUAGCAUUCUCGAUGAAGAUGAUCGUACAGAUGCAGUCGCCCCUCCAUCGCCACUGCCAACAGCUUCUCCAAACAAGGAUAAUCUGCGGGCUCAGUAUCGGAAGCUGAAUUCUCUGUCUCAGGGAAUCCGUGCGCUUCACGCCAAAAUGCACAUUUUCAAAGAGGCAUCUACCGGCGACUUUGAUCGUGCUGACAGCAGUGAGCUCGAAGCGUCGCUACUGGCUCAAUAUGAAUCGAUCGGAACUGAUAUCCGAGGUCUACUCGAGGAAUGGGAGGCUGGAAAAUCCAACCUCAUGACGAGUUUAGACAAGGAUUCGAUUGCUUCUCGCUCACGUCCACCGAGCGGGCUUUUCCCCUUGUCACCAACACCAAGUCUAGGUGGCACCACCGCAGUAGAGGGCAGUCCAUCCGAUGCGCUGAAGGCUUUGAACGGCGAGAGCAGGCCUGUUUCCGGCAUAACCUACAGCAUUGACGAUGUGGAGGAGAUACUCGAGGCGGUUGCUCUCCCUGCACGAAAUAAAAGGGCUUCCCUUACUCGAGAAGAGCGCAUUGCGCGUGUAAAAGAGGAUCGAGCUAAACAGGCCGCUGCAAGAGACCGCGUGGAUGCCAAUACAAACAUGCUCAAGGAGCUUGAGAUGGUGAUCAAACAGCGGCCUCGAACUGGAAACUCCAAGCGGGUUACAAGCCUCUGA